AUGCAGCAAAAUAAUAGUGUAACUGAGUUCAUUCUAUUAGGAUUGACACGGGAUCCUAGGAGACAGAAAAUGGUGUUCAUAAUCUUCUUAAUUUUCUACACUGGAACUUUAAUGGGAAAUUUUCUCAUUAUUGUGACCAUCAAGUUCAGCCGGACACUUGGAAGUCCCAUGUACUUCUUCCUGUUUUAUUUGUCCAUUGCUGACACCUGCUUUUCAACUUCCACAGCCCCUCGAUUAAUUGUAGAUUCUUUCUCUGAAAAGAAAGUCAUAUCCUAUAAUGAGUGCAUGACUCAAAUCUUCGUACUGCAUUUAUUUGGUGCUAUGGAGAUCUUUGUCCUCAUCCUCAUGGCUUUUGAUCGCUAUGUGGCCAUCUGUAAGCCCUUGCGUUAUCCAACAAUUAUGAGACGACAGGUCUGCAUCAUCUUGAUUGUAUUUGCUUGGAUUGGGUCUUUUUUACAUUCUAUAGCUCAAAUUGCCCUGGCCCUGAAACUACCCUUCUGUGGACCCAAUUUGAUUGAUCAUUAUUGUUGUGAUUUGCAACCAUUACUAAAACUUGCCUGUAUGGAUACUUACGUAAUCAACCUACAGUUGGUGUCCAAUAGUGGAGUGAUUUGCUCAAGUAGCUUCUUGCUUCUGAUAAUCUCAUACUGUAUUAUCUUGCAUUCACUGAGAAAUCACAGUGCAGAAGGGAGGAAAAAAGCCCUUUCCACAUGUACUUCUCACAUCAUUGUAGUCAUCUUAUUCUUUGGUCCAUGUAUAUUCAUAUAUACACGUCCACCAACCACUUUUCCCAUGGACAAAAUGGUGUCAGUGUUUUAUACUAUUGCUACACCCUUUCUUAACCCUCUCAUCUACACUCUAAGGAAUGCAGAAGUUAAAAAUGCCAUGAGAAAAUUAUGGAGUAUCAAAAUUACCUCAGAAAGCAAAUGA